UGUAGAAGAACCCUGUCAUUAUACCAAGGACAUCUGGCCUGCGAUGGAGGACAUCUGGCCUGAUGUCGAGGAACCCUGGCAGUCUAUCGAGGACAUCUGGCCUGCAAUGGUGGACAUCUGGCCUGAUGUGGAAGAACCCUGGCAUUCUAUCGAAGACAUCUGGCCUGCUAUGGAGGACAUCUGCCCUGAUAUCGAUGAAAUCUGGCCUGUUCUCAAGGAAGUCUGGCCUGAUAUUGAAGAGGACUUGUAUGUCUGCAAUAGUGACCAGGAGAACGAAGUAGUUCUGGAGGAAGCUGAAGAAGACCAGGACUGCAAGAAUGUAAAAAAGAAGGAGGACGAGGAGGAGGAGGAGGAGGAGGACAAUCAAGAUGAUGACUAUGAAUAUGAGAAGAAAGGAGAAGAUGAGGUUGAGGAUCAGGGGAUGAAGAUCAUCCUGCAUGCUAACAAGGGCAAAGGAAGCCAUGGAUAAACAUCAAUGAAUUGAUUCUUUGUGGAUUUGAGAUACAUGGAAAUCUAUCAUCAGUGAUCCUCAUCUAAUAAUAUUCAUCCACAUAUAUGCACAUAAAACUUCUCAAACUGUUUAAAUAUUCUUUAAAUUAAAAAUAAAUAUAAUUUGAAAUGAA